GAUCGAACGCUCUCAGAGUGAGCAACACUGCUUUGCUUUCCGUGAACGCGAGUGGCGCCAAAAAAAAACAUUAUCCCCUCAUUUGCCACUCAAAUAUUGAAGUCAAGUGUUGUGCUUCUUACUCAACUCCAAUUUAACGCUCUUGCAAGAUUUCUCCCUCUUUUCCCUCAAAAUAAAAAAUCCAAUACGCGAAGCUCAAGGCAAAAAAGCACACUUUUUCAGUCGCUCGAAAGCAUCUAAACGAUCGCGAGUGUUUCUCCCUCUAUUCACUCGUUGUGAACCUUUUUCAGAUUUUCUGACGAUGGAAGCGUGAUCUUGACCCCAAAAAUUUACUCUAAACUCUGCGUUCAACACGAGCACAAACAUGGGAAAAUCGUCAUAUGACGUGAAUAACACGAAAACUCCCCGACAAGAGAUCAGCAAGUUCCGACGAUACUUACCGCAAGUCCUCGCCAGCACGGCUAAGAACUUCCUGCUGCUGGAUCUCGGCCUCAGCGUCGCCUUUCCCACGAUCGUCAUUCCGGCGCUGCGCGGGACGCUCAACAGUGUCGAUGCGACGGAAACGCUGACGCUGACGGAAGUCGAGGCUUCCUGGCUCGGCUCCAUCGCCUUCGUCUGCCAGCCCGUGGGCAGCGUCCUGUCCGGAUGGAUCACGGAGCCGCUGGGCAGGAAGCUGUCCAUGAUCCUGGUCAACAUCCCGCACAUCAUCGCCUGGAUCAUGCUCUACUACGCCUCUUCCCUCGCCGAGCUCUACACGGCCGCCAUUCUGCUGGGCCUGGGAGUGGGCUUCAUGGAGGCCCCGAUUAUCACCUACGUGGGAGAGAUAUCAGAGCCUUCGAUCCGGGGAAUCCUGACCUCCUGCGCCGGAGUGUCUGUGAUGCUGGGAAUCUUCACGGUGUACUUUCUGGGCACCGUCGUGACGUGGCGCGUCGCCGCGCUGAUCUGCCUGGCCGUGCCUCUGUCCACCCUCGUGGCCAUCUGCUUCGUGCCCGAGACGCCGCUGUGGCUGCUCUCGAAGGGGCGCGUGGACAAGGCGCAGCAGUCGCUGCAGUGGCUGCGCGGCUGGGUGACGCCCGAGACGGUGCAGGAGGAGUUCCGCCAGCUGCAGCAGUACUCGGCCAACAGCAACAAGUGCGCGGCCUGCCAGAAGACCGGCGUGCCUUGUCCGCAUCCGCCAGAGACGCUCCUGCAGCGCGGCAAAGAACUCUUUCGCCACCGCACGCUCAAGCCCUUCGCCAUCGUCAUGAUGCUCUUCUUCUUCCUCAACUUCACCGGCUUGGCGUCCAUGCGGCCGUUCAUGGUGCAGAUCUUCCAGGCCUACGGAACGCCCAUCGAUGGCAGUCGCGGCACGGUGAUUGUCGGCCUGAUGGGCAUCAUUUCGAACAUCCUGAUGCUCUUGCUCGUGCGUAAGCUGGGAAAGCGAGGCGUUUACCUGAUUUCCGUGGCAGGAGCUUCGCUGGGAUGUCUCUCGCUCGGAUUCCACGCCUACAGCAAUCUCCCCAAAGACUGGAGCUCGUUCGAUGUGCACAUGGAGUCUCCAGUUGCCGGAACGGGCACAUUUCCCAUGAUUCUCAUCUUUGUCAUCUCCUUCUUCACCGGCUUCGGCAUCGCCGCCGUUCCCUGGAUGCUUCUCAGCGAGGUGUUCCCCUUCAAAUCUCGAGGCUUCGCCACCGGAACCACAGCCGCUCUCAACUACAUCAUGGCCUUUCUCACCACCAAAACCUAUCUCAACGUGGAGAACAACCUCGGUCUGCACGGCGCGGCCUGGCUCUACGGCACCGUUGGCGCUCUGGCGCUCGUCUUCGGCUACUUUUACCUCCCGGAGACCGAGAAUCGCACGCUCGAGGAGAUCGAACUGCACUUCUCCACCAAAGGGAAAUCCCUGGCAGACAUUGACAUCAAGCAGAAACUCCCGGAGGCGCAGAAAGACACGAAGAUCGACAGUCGAUUCGAUGGCAAGAUUGAGAACAGUGUUGCGGUGACGAUUGAAAACUUGGGCUGUGAUAAUAGAGCAUUCGAGCGAUGAUGCGAGCCUUAAAACUAUGACUUUGAUGGACAAAUAUAAUUAUCAUUCACUCGGA